GUCCGUAAAAAAAAUCCGUUCGUAAAUCCUCCUCAUUAUACUACUGCAAUCGGUGUUGGCAACAUCAGGUCGCGCAGAGCUCGUACUUAAUUGCAGUCAUUUGAAUAGUGGCAGAUAACAUCUUGCUACCAAAAGUGAAACAGCUCAACCGCCAUUGCGAAAGCAAUUUUAUCCGGCAGCUUUAGAGGAAAUUUUUUAACUCUCUUGGUGGCUGUGUGCAGUUCAUCCUUUUCAUCCUUUCGUCCCGCGUGACAUCACUCUCGGGAAAACAAAACAGGCCCCGAAGGCCGGAAGUCAAAUAACAGCAUCGUGCUUUUUUUCUCUGUUUUACGGGUGAGUAACCGACCUUGACACCCGGCUAUGAGCCUGCACUAGCAAAUUUCAUCGCGAAGCAAUCUUGGAUUGCUGACAGCUAGAGAUUCUGUGUUGUUGUGAAUCCUUAUCACAAUCUUUAGUGCUUACAGUCUUGUAAACCUGUUAUAGUCUCCUAAUUAACUUAUAUUCCCUAUCCUUUUUCUCAACUCUUGAUUGCUUUAAAUCUAGUUACAAAUAGCUGAUACAUCCACACAGCAACUUAAGGAAUGUGGAGUCCAACGCAUGUACAAGUCACAGUGUGCCGAGUGAAGGGACUGUUGACCAAGGGGAAGAAUGGUACAAAUGAUGCCUUUGUCACAAUCUCUUUGGGAAAGGAGAAAUUCCAGACAUCGGUUAAACAAAAGGCCCUAUCAGAUCUAGAAUGGCAGGAAGAAUGUGAACUAGCAAUCCCUACACAAGGGAAUACUGCAGAAAUUGUUCUCACUGCCCUACAUCAAAAUUUCAUUGGAGUCGACGAGUUUUUGGGCAUGGUUGCAUUGCCUCUCUCCAAUUUUGAUGUUUAUGAAAGACCCAGAACAAAGUGGUAUCCAUUAAAAAGCAAGCCGGGCCAAGAGGGAAAAAAUAAGAACCGUGGUGAGAUCGAGGUUCGAGUGGCGUUUACCGUCAAGUCAGGAUCACUGCUAGACUUAUCCAAAAAAGAGAAACACAAGGGCUCAUUCGGCCACCUGUCCCAGGCGGCACAUAACAUCGGGGGAAGUCUUAUGAGCCUUGGCAAGGAGAAGAAAGGAGGUAUCAAGAAGCUAGCCUCAUCUGUUGGAAGCAAACUGAGGAUGCCAAAGAGUGGUGCCCGGGAUGAAAAAGGAGAUGGUCGUCUUUCCCGCCAUAGUUCUGGUCGGUAUAGCGGUAAAUAUUCUAGCGGAGAACCGGACCCGGGCGUUAUAUCAGAAGAUGACGAUGAGUUUAGAUUUGACGAGCUGUCACAUAAAAGCUCUGGAAGUUCACUGAACUUGGCUGGUGGUAGUAGCAGUCUAGCUAGCGGCCAGGGAUCACUGGAAAACCUUGGCGGCGGAGAGCUGCUUCGGCACAAUUCAAUGAAGCGUUCCGGCUCGUCAGCCACAUUGCCAAACCGAGCCAUUCAACCGUCGUCGUCUAUUUCCAGUUUAGCCGUCUCUGUGACUAGCGGUGCGAGUAAAUCGCCCACUCAACAACAAAGCGAUUGGAAUCAGAAAUUCUUCGGAAGCAAACAGAGUAAAGUGUCGGAAGCGCCCGUCGGCAAGCAGCCGGAGGAAAAAGCAGGUGCUGCAAUGACAACUGCUGCUAUGUCAACUGCCGCAGCUGUUUUACAUUCCUCAUCACCGCCCUCAUUAGUGGCAGGGGGAGUGCCGUCCAUCAUCAUCCAGGAUUCUUUUAUUGUUGAAAAGCCAUCGCUCUCACCGUCCGCUUCGCCUCCUUCCAGUAAACAGAAUAGCAGUGCCGCUCCUGUCCCAAAAGCCCGCGUCAUCAAAAGCCACGAAGUACCGGUGGAAACGGAUCCCCCUGCUGUCGUUCCUCAGGCUCGCCAACGCAAGGAUUUACCCACCGUCGACGAAGUCCCGAUCGUGGAGGUGCAGCCCAUAUCUGCAGGUGAGGAAGCAGAAGCCGAGUUUGACACUGGCCAAUCACUAUCGGCUCGACCCCGCAUGUCGUCAUCACCACCCUAUCCUUCUUCUUUCCCUGUCGGUGUCAAUGAUGAACCUGUUGCUCGACAACCGCCUGUUCCUAAACCCAGAAGAAGUCCAGUCCCUCCACUUUCUGAAGUGUCGAAUGAACCUUUGCUUCCGUCCUAUGAUUAUUCAAUAAUGCAGCAGCCAGUCGUUCUGCCCAGAAGCAUAUUGGAGAUUGACGAUGCUCUCAGCCAGCCUCAGCCCAUUCAGUUGAACCCAUUCGAAUCUGAUUCCUCUGAGGAUGAAGAAUUUUCAGAUCUGGAAGAGGAUGAUGACCGUGACGAUGUUUUGGACGUUACUUACAAUAGGAACGAGCCUUUACACGUGCUUGUUUUGGGCAAUGUUGAUGAGGCCGACGAAUUGAUGUUGGACGAGGACAGUGUGUGCCAGAUGCUAGAGAAGGUUAUCGAAGAACACGAUCGGCAACCCUCCGUCACGGCUGUAGAAGUACCGCCCCCUAAACCUGCUCGUUCGUCUAACGUAGUAGAACUCUACAACACCGAUUCGAGCGAUGACGAAGACGAAGGCCAAGAAGAUCUGAUGGAAACGGAAGCUACGGUCGAUUUUUUCAACGAUAAAACGAUUGAGAUCAGUCCAGUUGAGAAAAUCCAGGAGGAAGGUUCCAGCAUUGCCCUGCAAACUUCUGGUCGCGUAGAGGAGACUCCUAUUAAUUCUUCGCCCAAAGAUGUUCGACGUGAUCGCCUCUUUAGUUUGUUCUCUACACCAAAUAGCGAAACAGAUACCGAACAGCGAUCGAUUGGCGUAGUUGAGUUAGAUUGGUCAGAGAACAGUAAAGAAGAUGGUAGUCAGGGAUUCGGCGGUAGCGAGCAAUUGUCAUCGGCAAUGACGGCCGCUUCUAAUUCAGAAAGUGCUAAGACUAUGGAUAGUGCCGUCUCAGUGACCGAUGUAGAGCAUCCGCACGAAAUUAGCCCUUCGUAUUCACCGCCCUCGGAAAACGUUGUCCAAGCAUUAAAUCGUCCCCUGGCUGCACUUUUAUUGCCAAACGAUAUGCUCUUUACUCCGCCAACUGCUACGCCGCUACAGCUCACACCUGCUACAAUUCAGACACCUCAUUCUGUCCAAUCAACUGCGUCCAACCGCGCCCGACAAGCCCAACUGUCUUGGGAUAAUUACGACAUGGCGAUGCUAUCACAAAAUUCUUCUGAUGAUAACGUUGCCGUUGGCGGCGCUCGUCGCUCCAUCGUGCCCUAUGAGCCGGUUGAUGAAGAAGCUAAAGCUCGACGUAAAAGAAUAUCAUUGGCCCCCUGUCUCAAGUCGCUGACCCUGGAAUCGCCAUCCUGCGACCAGUCGGCUGGCUCGCCUAUCACGGAAGACGACGAGGACGAUGUUGGUGCUGGAGAACAGGCGGCAACGACACCUUCGAGUGCCAAUGAGACGCAUCGCAUGAAAAUGGCGGCUUCGUUUCACCAGCGUGUCGUUGUCGGUGAAGAUAAGCCGGCCAAUAAUAACACGCCCCGCGAUCAUCAUCGUACUCCGCGUGAUUCAUCCACUUCCGAAGAUAGACUGCGCAUCUAUCAGGAAAAAUCCCGCGAGGGAUUGAUUGAUUUGCUUGAAGAACGAGAUAAUGAAAUUUCAGAUCUGAAAGACUAUAUCGACAGUCUGUUGUUAAAAGUGAUCGAUACGUGCCCCACCGUCCUCCAAACGCCCAUUAAAGCCAAAACAUUGCGAAAUUAGCCACGUUACCCGUCCGUUAAGAGACCACAUUCAUGUGUCAGAGUUGAUGUCAUUUCUGUGUAUUUUCUUUAAUUUUUUUAAUCAGUUAUUUCAUUUUUACACGCGUAGUGGUCUUCUAUACCAUUCCUUCCAAAAUUCCUUCCGACAAUAGGGAUCGUCGCUGAAUUAAAAUAACGCCAUUCCUCAGCCUAAAAAGUGCGAUAAUUCUGUUCUCGUGUUAAAUGUCGCUUUGGGGGAAAACAAAGAUAUGAAAUGAAAACAAGGACACAUACCGAGGACGUGCCUUACCAACUGAAAAUGAACAGAAUCGUUUGUUGCCUUCUUGUUUUCGAUUGUUUUUGCCCGAUCCAUCCAGUUGUGUGCGAAUCAUUUUUAUCGUAAUGUUCCGUUUCCUUGCAUAUUUCCCUAUUAAUUAAUAAAUAAUAUAUUAAAA